UUCUUUAUUGUCGUCAGUAAUCUGAAUGUUUGUUUCGAUUUUUCUACCAAAAAUCAGAUGAUUCGGAGUUAUUGGUUAAGAUACUUGAUCACAUAAGUACGUAAUAGGUUUUGAUAACAAGUACGGAUUGAUGGUAUCAUAAGGGAGAGAUAACACGGUAUACACACGGCUAAGAAGAUACUUCAAUAUGUCUAUGAUAGCUACAAAUAUCAAAGAUCUAUUCAAGAUCAAAAUAAAACCACGUCAUGAUAGUUAUUCCGAUCAAUAUAAUCGAAUUCUCAUGGUAAAAAUUCUACUGGCUUGUACUAUUGUGCUUGGUAUUAAUUGGUAUAAAGAUAAAUUUAAUUGUGUCGUGCCAGAUAGCCAAACAAAUUCCAAAGAUUUUACAAAGUUUGUAUCUCAUACAUGCUGGGUGCAGGGUAUGUACGUUUACAGAGAAAUGAUGAACAAGUUUGAUUCUGUUGCAUAUUAUGGUGUCCCGAAAAAAUUGCAGGACAAUGGUUUACGACUUGGAGAAUAUUUAUGCGACGCUGAUAAAAAGCCAACUGGUCCGUAUGCAAAAAAUCCUGCUUACGCUUGUAAAGAAAUGACGAAAACGUUUUUCUUGCAGUACCAGUACAUGCCAUUCUUCAUCUGUGCAUUGGCAUUGUUGUAUUACCUGCCAUACAUGAUUUCAAAGACAGUCAAUCAUGAUCUAAUUAACUUGCGUGAAGCCAUCAAAAAGAAGGAAACAGAUAUUGAUGGUAUUGUCAAGUAUUACUUUAAAGAUCGCAAGCAACGAGGAAAAUGCAGUAAGAUGCUGACAGCUAAACAGAUUGCAAAUAUAGGUGUUAAAGUUGCCUACAUCAUUGUCAAUUUCCUUGCCUUUUUUGGAACAAACUCAGUUCUAGAAGGUGAAUUUUAUGGUUACGGUCGCAAAUGGGUGGAUUGGGCUAAAAAGAACAACACUAUGGCUCAUGAUUACAUGGGAUACAAAAAUUUCCCUAAACCUGGUAACGAACUCCUUCCACCGUUUGGUUUGUGUGAAAUUUAUGCUUCGGCACAGGACUUGGUUAAAACUCUUAAUAACAAACACGUGGUUUUGUGCGAAAUCUCUCAACAUGUUUUGUAUCAAUACGUGUUUGUGGUACUUUGGUUUGCUAUGAUAUGCGGCAUCGUUUUCUCCUUUCUUGGACUUUUCUAUCUUCUCUUCAAUUAUGGCAUUGGAUUAAUCGGAAUCAGAAGAUUAGAAUCAAACAGCUCAGCAAAAAAAAUUUUUGAUGCUCUAACAUACAGAGAAGUUGAAUAUCUUGAAUUUAUGCGCAAGAGAAAUCAACUAGUGUACGGAGACGUUUUGGAAAAAUUAAAAGAGAAGAUUCUUGGCUCACCCGCACACAGCAUCGAUUCAAGUUUCGAUAACCCAAAAUCUGAACCUCCUUGCUAUCCAAUGAGAAGAAAGCCAUCUAACGGACCUUUCGCACUUUAAAUAUUUUGACGAUGAAGUAUGACUUGUGUCCGACUUGUUUUAUCAUUUUAAUAACAUUUUUUACAGGAGAUUUAAGUGAAUAACGAAAUUGUACAUCAUCUAAAUUUCGCUUUGUAGCUAAGCCUUUUGAAUAAGCUUCAAAUGUUUUUUAUGAAACCUGGCAUUGAACACCAUUUCAUCCGUUAUUGCAGAUUGCAGAUUGGAGGUGAGGUUGCAAAGGUUGUAGAAUAACAGCUAAGAUAACAACGUAAGGCAAAAUUAUGAUGUUUCAGAGCAAGACAAAUGGCCUGUAGAGGUUGAAAAUGGCUUUCAAAAAGACAAAUUAAAAUAAUGUCGAAAAAAUAUAUUAUACACGCAAAA